AUGGCGGCAUCCAGAGAAAAAGAAGUCCUCCAAAACGCAGCAGGCCAACUCCGCCUCAUCAAGCACUUCAAGACUCAUUCACCAGACAACCAAACAGCAGGAUGGUCCAAUCUCUGGGACACAAACAGCAGCAACCUCUGGGAUAGAGGCAUGCCCUCUCCUGCACUGAUCGAUUUCAUAGAGGAGCGAUUAAACCCGCUUACGAAAGACGGGAGAAGGAAAAAGGCACUUGUUCCAGGCUGCGGGAAAGGCUACGACGUAGUCAUGCUCGCGCUCCACGGUUUCGAGGUCUUCGGACUCGAAGUCUCAGAAACAGGUGCUUCUGUAGCGCGGGACUACGCACGAAAUGAAUUGCAUAGUCCGCAGAACUACAACUUCGGCUCCCACUACAAAGUAAAUCCGGGAGUAGGGAAGGGCGAAGUGACCAUUCUUCAGGGCGACUUUUUCAAAAGGGAUUGGGAGGAUGGGAUGCAGUUCGAUUUGAUUUAUGAUUAUACGUUCCUCUGUGCGCUUCAUCCAAAUAUGCGUCGUCAGUGGGCUGGGAGAAUGGCCGAUCUGCUUGCGCCGAGUGGGUGGCUUGUUUGUCUUGAGUUCCCGUUGUUUAAGGACCCGAAGAUGCUUGGUCCGCCUUGGGGGUUGAAGGGGGUGCAUUGGGAUCUGUUAGCGGAGGGCGGAGAUGGGAUUGUUGGUGGAGAUGUUGGUGAGGAUGCUAAGGGGGAGGGCAAGGGCGCAUUUGAGCGGUUGUUGUAUUUGAAGCCGGAGAGGUCGUAUGCGAAUGGGAAGGGGACGG